UUGUAUCCGCACUGGCAAAAUGUUGUCGUGCAAGUCGGCCUUAAUUUAAAACCAAAACUCAGAAAGCGCGGAAUUAUAUUUAAAACAAUAUAGAUUGAAACCAACUCCUGGCCAUGGCAGGACACCGUACGCUAAGUACCCAGCAACUUACGGGGCGGAUACAUUCCGUAUAUUGCAAAGAUUUUGUAUCGUAUAGUGAGAUCACGUUUUAUCCCAAACACUAUCUAAAUGUCCUGACCGGUCCCAAUGGCAGCGGAAAAUCCACAAUAGUGUCUGCCAUUAUUCUGGGUCUUGGCGGGGAACCCCAUCUUCUGGAUCGCUCUGCCAGCGUUGCUGACUACAUUCAGAGCAACAAAACUAUGGCCACGAUAGUUGUCCGGGUUUAUGGACGGGUAGCUAACACCAAGGAGUCCUUCCGGCGCAUCAUUCACUCGAAUGGUUCCUCCACUUUCUCCGUGAACAACAAUGACAUGUCCAAGAAAAACUUCCUGGCUGCCGUGUCCUCCUACAACAUACAAGUCAGUAACUUGUGCCAGUUCCUCCCGCAGGAUCGGGUUCAGGACUUUUCCAAGAUGAAUCCCCAGGAGCUUCUGCUAAAUACCAUGUCUUCCGUGUGUGACGACGAGCUUACCAACAGUUUUAAUGAGUUGAAACAGAUGCGUUCUCAACACUCGAAUACCCACGCUAAUCGAGAAAAGGAGAAAAACGAGCUUGCAAAGAAACAGAAACGAUUGGAGCAUUUACAGAUGACCGUUGCCCAAUUCAAGGAACGCGAGGAUGUGAAGAAAAAAUUGCAAAUUUUCAGUGCCAAGAAAUUGUGGGUUGAGACACAGGCUGGAGAAGAAAAAGUUGCCCAAUUAAAAGGCCAAGUUAAAAAGGCAAAAACUCAAAGCGAAAAGUUGAAGAAAGAACACAAUCAACUUGUUCAGGCUCAGGAAGAAAUUCGUAAAAAAAAAGAUUUAUUGUCAGAAGCCAGUUUGGAAAAGACCCGCCUAUUAGAUAAAGCUGUAGCAGAAAAGAAUAACAUUGAAAAUCAGCUAGACUCUUUAAAACAAGGAAUUCGCGAAAAAAAUUUUGAACUCAAGCAAAACAUUCAGAAAUCGUUAAGGAACGCCACCGAAGCUGAUAAAGUGAAGCAAUUAGUGGACAAUAAAACCCAAGAGUUAGAAGACUUCAACAGUAGUAGGCCUCAAAUUCUUUUGGAACUAGAAAAGGUUAAAGAAUCGUGUCGUUGGGCACGUGACAAAGCCAUGGAACAGUAUAACAGAAGAAAACAACUUGAGCAACAACUAAAUGAUGAAAAGAUUCCGGAAAUCACAGCCCUUAAGCACAAAAUAGAUCGACUAAAAAAUGUUAAAAUUAAAAAAAUUGAAGAAAUUGGAAGAAGAAAUCCAAAUUUGGUUACAGCUAUGAAUUGGUUGGCACAAAAUAAACAUCGGUAUAAACUAAACGUUUACGAUCCAAUGAUUCUUGAGCUUAGCAUAGAAAACUAUGAAGACGCUAAAUAUCUAGAAAACGUUGUAUCACAGCGCGAUUUAUUCGCUUUUGCGUGUGAAGAUAAGGAGGAUAUGUCGGAUAUAAUAAGCGAGUUGUGUGUAAAACAAAAGUUGGGGGUCAACAUUAUAUUUUGCGCCCCAGCCGAUAGAAUUAUGUACAGUCCUAGUAUUCCAAGGAAUGAACUGCGCCACAUGGGUUUUCGUGCAUAUCUUGUGGAUCUUGUUACCGGUCCCAUACCAUUAAUAAACAAGCUGUGUGCUUCCUACUCAAUCCAUAAUAUUCCGAUUGGUACAGAUGCUGUAGGAAAUUAUACGUCAUCCAUUCCAAAAUCUAUUCGAGUUUAUUUUGGCGGGAACAAGAAAUUCGUUGUGACGGCGUCACGCUAUCGUUCCGAUACCAUUCUUACGGAGAGUACUAUCCGGGGAAAAAAUCAACUUAUUGCAGUAGACUCACAGCAACUAGCUCAGAUCACGAAACAGUGUGUCGAAGCCAUAAAGGAGAGCGACAACAUUAAGAACGCUAUAACCAGGACUGACAAUGAAUUUGAACGCUUGCAAGGUCUUACGAAGGAGGAACAAGAAAAAAAACGAAAGCUUGACCAAAAAUUAUCGCAUUUCAAUAACUUAAAAAACGAAAUUGAAUUACUCAUGAGAAGGCUGGAAAGCCUUCAGAAAAGCGAUGGACUGGAGGCUCUGAAAAAUAACUUUAACGACAGCUUGCAAAAGGACUUCAAAAAAUUAUUUAACAUUGAGGCAAAAUUGUGCAGCAGCCUUAAAACUUUAAAAACCCUUAUGAUUGAAAAGAAAUUGGCCCAAACAAGGACUUCCGUCUAUAUGGUUCAACAUGAAAGUCAAAGUGAAGCACUUAAGGAAAGCGAGCAACUGAGUAUAUCAGCAACCAGGGAAUUUCAAAAAUUUCUACAGUGCAUGGAAGAACAGAUCGCCGAUAUUAGCAAGCGAAAGAACGAUGUUCAGCGACUGUGCGACGGAGAAAUUCCAACCAGUUCCAGAUUUCCCUUCAAAAGGGAAUUUAAAGAAUUGGAAAGCAAAGAAUUGCCCGAAAUUCGUGAAGCUAUACAUGACUUCCAAGCGCGAUUAGAGUGCAUGAAAAACGUUAAUUCCGAGGCAAUCGACAGCUACCAACAGCUGCAAAAUGAAGUCAAAAGACUGGAAGAAGGCAUUACAGAUUCUGUUAAUCAAGCGAAAACCAUCGAGUCUCAAAUGUCCAAUUUAUACGACAAAUGGGAGCCAAAACUAACAAGCUUGGUGGAAACUAUUAGUACCAAAUUCAGCGAAUUUAUGGAGUCAAUUGAAUACGUCGGUGAAGUUGUGUUGUCUAAAACAGAUAAAUUCGACUUUGAUUCAUACGGCAUUCAGAUAAUGGUCCAGUUUAGGAGAGGGGCUCAAUUGCAGCCACUGGAUAAGUUUAUUCAGUCAGGAGGCGAACGUGCUGUGUCUAUUGCAAUUUAUUCAUUGUCAUUGCAACACGUUACUCAUGUGCCAUUCAGGUGCGUUGAUGAAAUAAAUCAGGGCAUGGACGCUAAAAAUGAACGUCACAUAUUUGAUUUACUUCUUAAAGAAGCCACUAAGCAUGGAUCAGCACAGUAUUUGUUUGUUACUCCCAAGUUGCUUCGAGACCUGAAUUACAACGAACAUUUGUGCGUUUCAAUUGUUCACAACUCAAAAACUGUUUGUGAUGGGAUGAAGUUCCCAGUGAUUUAAAACCUUGGGAUUUUAGAUUUCUAUAUAAAUAUGUUAUCAUUUAAUAUUUCUAUGUAUUGUCACCAUAUUAAAAUAAAGGAAAACCAAUUUUCGUUAUUUAAUUCAUAUAAA